AUGGAGUCUCUACAAUAUAAUGCUUGUGUAUCAUCACAUAGCUUCGCGUCUUGCACGAAAGAUGACCACGACUAUGGUGAAAUCGGAAUCGUCGAAACUCCCCAUCUUAUUAGUUUUGAGGUUGCUUCUAAGAGACUCAAAAGUAGCAGCUGGAAUUUUUCCAUAUCGGAUGCUUUACGUUCUCCAGCGGUGAAGGAUGAUAAUGUUCCUAAAGAGAACGAAAGUCGUGGGUGUAACAAGAGGACUACUAGAUCAAUGGAUUCAAGAUCUAAAUUGAAUCUUCAAUACCAUGUUAUUGCAGAGCGACGCAGAAGAGACAUACUUAGUCAAAGAUUAAUUGCUCUCUCUGCCCUCAUUCCUUGUCUUAAAAAGAUAAACAAAGUAUCGGUGCUUGAAGAAGCAGUAAAAUAUGUGGAACACCUCCAAGAACGCGUUAAAAAGCUAGAAGAGAAAGUGAAACAGCAAAAUGUUGAAUCAAAGGUACGUGCCGAACCUGCAUUGCUUCAAAAGGCUCCAUCGGCUAGUGCCAAACAUUCAAAGUGGGCACGGAUGCCAUGGCUCUGGGUGGUAUCGGAUUGA